GCGGUCGGGCAAACUCACGUCUGUGCUGAACUGUGAAAUGUUACUCUGAGACCAAGGACAUGUUCUGCGUUUUAUCGCCCAGAAACACAAUAGUGUUUACGGUUCUCAGCCUGGUUCUGAGCCGCUUUUCCUGCUCCUGCCUCUCGUUCCCCGGCAUCCCGCACAUAGCCACUUACUUCGGAACAAAGACACGGUACGAGGAGGUGAACCCGCAUCUGCUGCGCGACGCCCUGGCCGUAAACAAAUCUAUCUUAAAACCUCCGCCCAGCGAGCGGUGCUCCCCGGUCCACCUGACCGCGGUCAUCAGGCACGGAAGCCGCUACCCGACAGUGAAAAACAUCCGCAGGAUCCAGAAACUGAGCGAGCUGGUCCUAAGAGAAGUUUCCAGAGGCUCCGAGGGCUGGCUGCAGGACAUCCAGAGCCGCUGGGAGAACUGGUUCACCGAGGACAUGGACGGUCAGCUGGUGAUGAAGGGCAGGGAGGAGCUCCGUCAACUGGCCAGGCGUCUGUCUGUCUUGUUUCCGUCACUCCUGUCGGAAGAGAACAUGGCAAGGAUCAGUUUUAGGAGCAGUUCGAAGCAUCGCUGUGUGAGCAGCAUGGAGGCGUUUCAGGAGGGUCUGAGGAGACAUUCGGGUGAGACGACAUCAGAGGUGCAGUACCACCACCAGGUAGAUGACGAGCUGAUGCGCUUCUUCGAGCAUUGCCGUGGUUAUGUGGAAGGCGUGGAGAACAACCGCACGGCGCUGCAGGAAGUGGAGAAGUUCAGACACGGGGAGGAGAUGGAGGGAGUGAGGAGGAGGAUGGCUGAGAGACUUGGCCUUCCUCCUCACCGCCUCACACCAGACUUGGUGGAAGCUGCGUUCUUCUUGUGCUCCUACGAGCUCUCGAUCAAAUCUCUUCACUCUCCGUGGUGUUUCCUGUUUGAUGAGGAUGAUGCAAAGGUGUUGGAGUACAAGGCGGACCUGAAGCAGUACUGGAAGCGCUCUCAUGGUCACGUGAUCAGUAGUCUGUCCAGCUGUCCUCUGUUUCAUCACGUCUUCAGGAUGCUGGAUAAAGCAGGACGUCCCCGCAGGUCCACCGAGGCGUCACCUGAGCCGGCAUCCAUCCUGGUGGGACAUGCUGAGACACUCCUUCCCCUAAUGUCCCUGCUGGGACUCUACAAAGACCAGACUCCGCCCACUGCAAGCAAUUACCACACACAGCACGGUAGACGUUUCCGGACCAGUCGGAUUGUCCCAUAUGCCGCCAACCUGCUCUUCAUCUUGUACGACUGCCAGCGAGGCCCGCGGCUGCAGCUGCUCAUCAACGAGUCUCCGGUUCGAUUCCCAGGUUUAGAGGCAGAGGAUGCGCCGCUGUACCGUGACGUUCGAGCCACGUACCGCCACCUGCUGGACGGCUGUGACUUCCACAGGGAGUGUGAGGGAAGACCUGGAGGUCGAGGACCUAACACCGAACUCUGACAAGAAGUUAUCUGCUUCAGUGGCAGCAGGUGGUGUUAGGUCAAUAGCACCACCAAGUGACGUGGUUAUAACGUGAUGCAGGAAUGAGUCGAGCCAGCUUCAGAAGUGGAUCAUUUUAACUAACAUCACUUUAAAUCAGAGACUGUGGAACACAACAACAAGGUGACUUCUGAAAUUCUGUCGGAGGGUUAGUUUGCUGUGGCUGACAGACUGAUUGAUUCACACAAUCCUGCUUCAGUUUAAGGUCUGGACUCAGCGGACCAGUCCGGUUCAUUCAGUUGUUUGUUCACAAUAGCAGGCGACAAGUUGGGCACGGUGGACAGUCAUACUGAGAGUUGAUUGACAGUGCUGAAUGAGACUUCACAAUCAGAUGUUUUUCUUUUACUGACAGCAACUGACAACUGCUGAAAAUCACACCUUUUAUUGUGGCUUUUUUCGAUUUACAUUUUCAUUAAUGUUUUGAAAUUUGAUGUCUUUUUCUUUUAAUUUGGGCCUCUGCACUGAAGCGUCUUGCUGCAGUUCUUCUCAUGGCCACUGAAGGCUGCUGUCAGUCAAAAAUGACUUUAUUGAAGUGAAUGUGAAAACCCUCAACUUCUCUCCAAGUGUUUCAGCUGUCAGCAGAUUAUAAGGGAGGAUUUUCACAAUAAGUUUGAUUAUAAGUUAAUCAGGCUGACUUUUGUGUCUUCAGGGUUAAUUUUUGUUAUUUUCCUGUUGUGCAGUUUUCAUGUCUUUGUGCCUGUUAUCAGUUUGUGAGCCGUUUAUGUUCAGACUUGUGUCUGCUUUCACUCGGUGCUGCUUGGAUGCCAAAUGUUUUAACCUGAAAAGCUUUAGUAAACAAUUUUCACAGAACAAAGUGUUUCAUGUCAUCAGUCUUCUUUUCAGUCAACAUUUCAAGAUAAAACUCAGAGAAAUGUUUCUUUAUACAAAUGAGUGUGACUGAGAGAAAAACUAAUUUUUAGAUUUUCUAAAAAUUUUGAAAAAAAUGUUCCGCAAUAAAGGCAAUAUUGAAGUCAUCUCAGAUUUUCUUUUUAUUUGAAAAUGAUGACAGACUUUUUCUGAACGUGUUCUCUUUCUUACUGCAGUCAUUUUGAUUAGUUAUUAAAAUUUAUAACAUCAUCUAGCAGUUAUGACAUCAUAAUCAUAAUAAAAA